AUUCCUUUGGCUACCGUGCAUUUGACGGAAGUCGGAGCUGCAGCCAUGAUAAGCAAGUCAUUGACCCCACAAGCCAUGCCAAAGAAUUGCCUGUUGACACAAUUCUGCCCAUACCAGACUUCAAAAAGCUCUCACUACAGAAACCAACAGAAAGCUCGUACCGGUAGCUGCCAUCUCGCAAGUUGAGAGAACCCCAAAAUGCCUCCUUGCAAAGAAGACAACCAACGCGGCCCCAGCGUGUGCCUUUUUGACGACAGUCAACUGAAUGAUUCCUUCGAUAAAAAUGGGACGAAGCAAUUAGCGGAUCCCAAACAAGACGAAAAAGAAGAUGCUGAACUUGACAGCAAAUUAUGGUGGAUCCAUGGCAAUGGAUAUGAUCUCCAAGAGUUUGUGGAUUGGCAUCCCGGUGGCAAGGAAGCCAUCUUGUUGGGCAAAGGCCGUGAUUGUACAGCUUUGGUGGAGAGCUAUCAUGCCUUUUCACCAGGCUACAACAAGGUUCUGGAAAAAUUCCUUGCGGAAGAAAAGAACAAAUUACCAAAGCCAGACUUUUUCUACGAGAUCCUAAAAGAACGGGUUAUGGACACUCUCAGAGCCAACGGAUUGCACCCACAAAAAGAUCGUGGAGCCAGCUGGGGACGUUUUCUCUACUAUGGAUUGGUGGCUCUAUCCUUCUCGGUCACUGCCUAUCUCCAUGCUGUCAAAGGUAGCAUUUUGGGUUCUUUCUUGUUUGCAUGGGCUGGUUGGUUCAUGGGAGCCAUUGGCCAUGAUUCUGGCCACUUUGCUACUAGCCAUAACCACCCACUCCUCAAUGAAUGGGGUGUUUGGGCCAUGAGCCUCAUUGCAAAUCCCAUCAUGUGGCAGCAUCAGCACACCUAUGCCCACCACUCCUUCACCAAUGAACACAAUCAUGACCCUGAUUUACACCAUUUUCGCAAGUAUAUUCGUGUGCACAACAGAGGCAAAUACAUCACAGAGAAACAGCGCCAUUUGUGGUAUGUGAUGUUUUGGUAUGCCUUUACAGUCUUUGGAGUUACUCUGAAUUUCCCAUUCGAGAUGAUCUUAACUGGGAUGCUUCAUAUGGUCAAAUGGCAAGAUCAAGACAGGCUUUCAAGGAAACUGGGAGUGUACCUUCACUUUUCUUUGUACAUUGCUGUGGUGAUCGUGGCACCCUUUUUUGCACACUCUUCUAGAAGUGUGGCAUUGGCAUCUGUCAUCCUGCACAUUGCCACCUUGGGUUGGCUUUUUGCGCUGAUGUCUCAGAUCAGUCACAUCAAUGAAGCUUCCUUGUCGUCUGAUCUGGAAACCAAAGCCAAGGGACAAGGAAGCAAAAAGCGGGAUCCCCGAUUGGCCGCCUCCUGGGCUGCUGCACAAGUGGAAACAGCCAACAAUUUUGCACCGGACAGUCUUUUCUGGCACAUUCUUUCCAAUGGAUUGAACAUGCAGAUUGAGCACCAUCUCUUUCCUGGUCUCAAUCACUGUCAUUUGCACCUCAUUGCCCCUGUAGUGAGAAAGACUUGUGAGGAGUUUGGAGUGCAGUACAAGUGUUAUGGUGGAUGGAGAGAAGUCUGGGAGAUCCAUUUGCAGUGGUACAGCAAAAUGAGUCACCCACCCUCAGCCUCGGAGGAAGAGAGAAAUUGAGAAAUUAGGUAGAGUAGAGAAGUGCCUGUAAUUGCUUCUUAGUAGAUGGUGCAGUAGAAGUGAUUACAAGAGUGGUCCGUGUAGCCUGAGGAAAAGCAAGUUCCUGAAAGAAAGUUGACUACCUGGAGGUAUCCGUGUAACCUCCAAUCCGCGGUUCGUAACGGACCGCACAGAACUUCAAACAGCUCAACUGGGGUUUAGAAAGGCGCUUUUCUGUCAUUGCCUCCAUGUUUCUUGGGGCUACUAGGUACUAGUACAUCACAGGU